AUGGCCUACAGUCACCGACCACAAGGCUGGCCUCUACCGGGCUGGAUUUUCUGGAUACGCAUCGCCCAGGGCGCGCUCGCCCUUCUGAUCCUCAUCUUGACUGCCGUGGCUGCGGCAGAGUUCCUACAAGGUGCGAACGCGGCGUUUCUGGUCACCCCAUAUCCUGGUUUCGGGUUUACUUGGUUUGCUUUUUCCUGGACGCUUGUCUACCUUCCCGUCGCAACAUGGUUGAUUCCCAACCUCAACGCGAAAUGCAAGCCGCUGAUCAUCCUGCUCGUGCUGGAAUUGUUCACCACUCUCUGGUGGCUUGUCGCAUUCGCUCUGCUUGCCGACAACAGCAGCACGCUUGCCACGUGGCUCGACACGGACUAUACCAACAUCAAGGCCGGCGUGGGGUUGACUCAAGCAAGCGCUGCCUUUGGUGCCGCAGAGUUGUAA